AUGAACGGAAACGGGAUCAGCGUCGCGAGUGCCGCAGGUGCGCCGAUGCGGCGUAUCGAGACACCAUUAGGCCGCGGAACUGUGCCGAUGGCACGCGCGGCGAUACGCAGCGAGCCCAUGGAACCGCUCUACCUCGAGCCUGGACCGACCAACCGCCUGUACCUCUCGCUCUGCUCGGGCAUCCCGUCGCAGAUGGACUGGGCUCUCGCACGGCUCUGCUCGUAUACGCAGCAGCUGGGCGACCGCUUCCAGCUGAGCGACUACCCCGGCCUGGACGAGGCGCUGGUGCGCUGGGUCAAGCGCCUCGGCCUCGCGCUGAGCGGGGCACCGCGGCACGAGUGGGACGAGGACGCGGACCAGUACGCUACGGCUAGCAACUGGCAAAUCGAUUGCGGUAUUGGCGCGCCGGGCGAUAACGGCGGCAUGGGCCUCGCGGCCUCGAGCGUCGCCUUGUCGCGCCCGUGGAAACCGACGCAGAACCAGCCUAACUUUGCGCCGCAGCGCGUCGCAAAGGACGCGGCGCUGCUGCAGCGUGCGCUCGCAGCGACGCUCGUGCUGCGCAACACGGUGCUCAGCGCCCAAAACGCCGCGCUGCUCACCGUCGUGCCGGGCGUCCUCCAGGUGGUGUUUGACGUGGCGCGCCAUACGCUCGACGCCCACCCUGCGCUCGCGCUGGACGCGUGUGCAGACCUCCGCGUGAAUAUCUUGGACGUGCUCGAGUCGCUCGCGCCGCGCAUCGUCUUGAGCGACUUUGUCCGCACCGCGUACGCGUCCAACGACCAAAACGAAGCGCCGACGCGCACCGAAGACAAGGUCUUUGUCUUGCUGCAUACGCUUCUGCAUACGACGCGCGACCGUGCACUGCUCCUCGCGAGUCUGCGCUGCCUGCGCGCCAUCGCCUCGAACGAGGCGAAUGCGCCGCAGUGGAUCGACGCCACGCCGAACCUCGCGCCGACGCGCCUCGGCAUCACGGCGCGGUGCCUCGCGCUGCUGCCCCUGACACAGGACCCGGAGCUGCUCGAGGCAGCGGUCGACCUCUUGUACCAGACGGUGGCAACCGGCGAAAAUGCGCUCUUGCUGGGCGCACUGACGCUAAAGGACGUGUGCGACGUCGGAUACGGCAGCGGCCUUGCGCGCCGCGCGCUGCAAGAAUCCGACGAGGUCGAGGCAGAGAGCGUGCCGCUCUUGCACGCGGUGCUCACGUACCUUGUGCGCAACCUCGCGCUGGGCAAGACGGUUUGGGAGCGCGACACGCCACUGGCGGCCAACACCACCGCGCCGUGGGCGGCCGCCGUGCCGAGUGCGGCGCGCGCGCGGCGCCAGCGCGAGCGCGAGCGCCGCCAGCGCAAGGAGCACGCAUCGCCGCAGGAGCGUGCGCGCUGGAAGGAGCUCACUUCCGACGAGCUCGAGCGCCUGCGCCGCCUCGACGAGCCGGAGCGCGGCAUCGAGUGGAUGAAACUCUUGUUCGAGUGCGACGCCCAGGGCGAGGUCACGCAGAUGGAGUUCUGGAUCGCGUACCGCGACCAGUUUACCCCGAUCGCCGCCGAGGGCGGCGCGCCGCUGCAGCCCGCUGCGAAUCUCAUCCGCAACGUGUCGCAGACCUUUCCCGGCGCCGCGGCGAUGGUCAUUUCGCCGACCGCCGGCGGCCAGCCGCGCUUUAUUAUCCGCGGCAUCUCGCUGCGCGAGCGGAGUACGCCGCCGAUCGCAUGCCACUGGCAGGGAUGCCCGGCGCCGCAGGUAGGGACGUGGGACAUUGUCCGCGAGCACCUUGCGGUGCACGCCGAGGCCGCACGCGACGGGCAGUGCUGGUGGAAGGACUGUGCGUACCGCGUACCGGCCGACGACGCCCGCCGCGCGGCGCUCCUUUACCGCCACGCGCUGACGCACACGCCGCAGCCCGUGGUCAUGUCGCCCACGCCGACGGGGCCUCCGGCGCAGGGCACGGUCGAGAACCCAGGCGUGAUCACGUUCGUGGUCGAGCGCACGCCGUCGGUGCCGAACGCGACGCCGGGCGAGGCGCCGCUGCCGUGCGGCGUCGCAUUCCUCUCGGCACUGGUCCUGCGCUUUGUCUCACGCACCGCACACACGGUGCUCGAGAGCGCAGGGCGGGGGUGCCCGCCAGAGACGUACGGCGGCGCAGUGUCUGCGACGCCGAUGCCGUCGGAGGGCGACGAGCGGUUCGGGUGCCCGGUGCCGCGCUCCGUGCAGGACGCGGUGCAGGACGCAGUGCAGCAGGGACCGACGCUCACCGCGCGGCACAUCCAUGCGGCGGCGGGCAUUAUGGACGCGCUGGCAGGAGCCGAAGAGACCAUGGUGCAGACGGCGCUCCGGAAUGAUAUUCUGUGCCGGCUCAUCAACGACAUCCUCGUAGCGAUUCGGCCGGUGAGCGACAGCUAG